AUGUCUAAUUUUGAAGUCCUUGAGGCUGAGAACACUCAGGAAAUCGAUUCCGACGAUUCGACGAAUUCUAAUUCACACGACAUUUUUAACAACAUCGCAGUCACUGCCAACUCAAACAGUGAGUAUUUCUGUUUCAUAUUUCACUUCAGAUUUCAGAAUAGCUGAUAAACUGAAUAGUUUCAAUAUAUAGUAUUAUAGUUGAAUGGUCAAUGGUGUACUUUGGCACUUUGCUAUAGAUUUUACAUUUUGAUUUAUAGAUAUUCACAUUUUUAUAUAAAUAUAUAAUAUAUUUAAUGGGCAGUGUCAGGGAAUUUCAUUUGAAGCAAUUUUGAUCCUCUUAAAUUUUGUACAAACUGGAAAGAAUAGUUUUAAUAGAAUAGCAAUAGAAAGUGCAAAAACAUGUACAGUAUAGAAGUCCAGAUGGGCAAAAUCAAGCGAGGAUUGAGUUGGAUUGAAAUCAACAAAUUGCCCAGAACUUUGUUUGCCAACAACUUUUCAAGUUCUGGGCCAUUGUAUCGACGUUCAAAGUUGUUUACCGCGACUUGUUUGUCAUAACUGAAUAUAAUAUUUAAAACAUUUUCAAAUUUUCUGCUCAGACAGCUCCGUAUUUGACAUAUUGACUGCAAGACAGUUUUUGGUCAAAAUGGCCUGACACUGCCCCUUUAAUAUUUUGAAGUAAAGUCAAGUCCCCCAAAAUUCAAAAGUCUGAACAUUGGCGACACUCAAUUUAUAAUGCAAUUAAAAUAUGUGACAGUGAGUGUGUGUGUUGCCGAAAUAUAUUUCCACUCAUUAAAAUUUUAUAUUUACUUAAUUUAAAGCAGAAUUAGGACUUAGGAGAGCUAACCUAUUAAACCAGUAAAUCUGUUGUAAUAAAGUAUACAAAUUAAUAAACACUGAAACACCAAAUAAUUCUAAAUUCCAGCCUGCAAUGUUUGCAAGAAAGCUGUCACAGGGGCACACAAGUGUGUGAGAUGCAAACAAAUUGUCCACUUUAUAUGUGGGACUCCUGUUCCAGGAACAGAGGAAGGAUUUGGGCAGCCUGUGGUGUGUAAUAAUUGCGGUAAGUUUGUCAGUACAUAAAUUCUGUUAUAUUAUGAAGAUCAUUGCCAUUGGAUUUUUUAGUGCGACAUUUCAUUGAUACCAAAUGGGAAAUACUUUGCCAGUAAGAAGUAUAUAUAAAGGUAGAAUUUUAAAGAAUACAUAAGCUACAGUUCUACCGAAAAACCACAACUGUCCAACCAUUUAAAGAAACAUAAAUACUUCAUAAAAUAACCAAGAAGUAGGCCUAAUGUGUAAUACACUGUAACUGUACGUUUGAUGUUAUGCAUAUUCAGUUGAUAUUAUGUACAAAAUACAGUCUAACCAUAUUUAACUGUUCUGGUUGUUUGACUUUUAAGGGAAGUACAAUCCUCCGACAUUAGAUAGUGCAAAUAAAACCGGAAAAAUUCAAGUUGGAACGAAGCGUCCAUCAGGUGUGUAAAAUAGAAGGUAGUUAGUAAACAGAAGGUUAAAUAUAUUGGAUAAAACGCUAAAUUGUUGAUGAAAGUUAUGGAUAUUUUAGAGUAUAUUCUGGAUUGGACACAUUUAUGCCUAACUUAAGAUAUUGAAUAGCUUGGUUUGGUUUGGUGUAAUUUCUGAAAUCUUGAUUACUUUUACCUUUUGUAGCAUUUGACAUUUUGGCAUGGAGUGAAAAUUCCGCAACGGCUAGCAAGCAAAAGAAGCGAGGUAAUUCAGGGCAUGUGCUGUCGAAGGGAAUAUGCCUGGAUUGUUUCCGAAAGAAGAAGAAGUACACUCUUUCACGUUUUAACAAGUCAACUGUGCAAAGACAUAUAGAAACUUCCCAUGGAGGAAUUGAUGUCCUUGUCGUUGGAGAAGACGAUAGCAGGGCUAUACAUGCAUUGAGGGCCUUGAAAAAAAUGUAAGUUCUUAGGUAAUUACGUCUACUGUAGACUGUUCUAUAGCUGUCUGGUUAUGGCCAUACCCCAAUGUUGUUGUUCUUAAUUAUGCAAUAUCAUAUAGGUAUUUUGUAAAAUGUUUUCCGUUUACAGAAACACAGCUGAAAAGGUGAGUGAAAUUGAGACAACAAAAAUCAAAGACUCAGAAGAUAAUACUGAGAAUCAUGAUGCAGAUUUGCUUCACAUGAAAAAUAAAAAUCCCACCAUCCUUGAUGAUUGCUCAAGUAAUUCUGGGGAUCCAUCACUUACCGUGACCGAGACUGUUACAAAGGAAGCAGAAGCGAAAUUAUCUGAUGAAAAACACCAGAGUUCAAUUAAUCAGUUCAUUCUUAAUCCCAAGUGCAAGUCAUCCGACACAGUAACUGUAGAUGACAUCGUUUCUAAGCUUGACACUGUUCUUAAGUUAGUUUCAGGAAAUAAAAAAAGCCUGGGCGAGGAGAAAAAACACGAGAAAAAGAUGUGUUGCGGAAGCUCUGCGACAAACAUAACUGAGUUUAUAACCGAACAAGAAGACAUUGAAGUGAUUGGAGGUUCAGAUAAAUGGACUGUCCGAUGCAAAAUUUGUUUUGUUUAUAUGAAUAGUAAAACUGCUGUUCGAAAUGCACAACACCUCCCAAGCUCUGGAAACAUUUCCACUGGCUUAAAUGUCGUAGAUGAAGUCUAUCAAAAGUACAUGAUUGGCCACAACGUUACCUGGUAUCGCUUUAAAAACAGGUUACUCAAUCAUUUCGAUGGAGAAACGUGCAAAACGCAUGUAGAUGCUGCUGCAUGGUGGCAUUUUACAAGACCAGUUCGCAAAAGAAAAUGUACCGUUGUGAAAAACCAACUUCGAGCCGCGAUUGGUGUGGUAAAGUCUAAAUCAGCUGCCAGAUGCUAUGAAGAGAGAAUAGCUGAAUUGCAUCUUGCAGGAGCAGAUGUUGGUGAUUAUGGGCACUCGCGCAAUUUGUUUAAUGAUAUGAUCCGCGUUGUGAAUUCUUUUAUCGACAAAAGAACCCAAAAGUUUCUUCAAGAUCCUCUUCCAAAUACGGGAAUUCCGCCGCAUUUCUACAUCACUGCAGAUAAAAGUACCAACCACCGAAUUACAAAUCAAGUCACAAUGGUGUGCCCAGUGGUAAAUGGAAAAAGACAGGCGAUUCCUCUUGGUAUGACUGAUGUUUACCAGGACGCAACUGGUCAAGGAGGAAAAGGUGAAGAGCUAGCUGCCAAGUUAUACGAAGAUCUAAACAGACACGCUAACAUCUCGACAAACACCACUGAUUUUCUAAAGGUGCAAGGUAGAGUCUUUGAUGGUCAAUAUUUGAAUGCCCCUUUUACAUCAAAAAUGAAUGAGCCACUAGAGCAACUUUUGUCAAAAAAACGAGAUGAGGAUAAAGUUGGUAAAGAUCAUGGAGAUAAAAGUGAUGAAGAAAAAAGCGAUGACAACUCUGAGAAUGACGAAGACGAAAGCGAUGACGACUCUAAAUGUGAUGAAAAUGCUGAACAAGAAGAUCCCACCGACGUUUUAUGGUGGCCGUUACAAUGGGAUCCAGGCCACUGGUUGGAUAAAGUUUUUGAGAAGUAUAAAGGAGAGCCUUUCAUAUCUCGUCUUAUAACAAGGACCAAUUAUGUGCACCAUCUGUUUAGUCAUGGAAAAAGCCAUAGUGUUUCGAAGGCAACUGCUGCUGAGCUGGAGUUACCAUUUCUUGUCACAGUAUCGUUUGCCCAUCAGCGUUUUAUGAGCAGCUCCUACAACCAAUUCCUAAAAUUAGAGCGAAGUCUGGAGGUUUAUAUUGAAACCUACCGUGAUCAUGACAACAGAGAAAUCGGAGAUUAUAAGAUCGCUGGCAAUGAUUUUGUGUUUGAUCUCCUUGGUACAAUAGACUUGUUGUGGCCUCUGGUUUUACUCAUGCUAAGAGGACAACGUUUAUGGUGUCCUGGCUGGAAGUUUGUUGGUUGGCUUCCCCUUGUUAAAAGUCAGAUGAAGAAAUUUGCACGUGAAAUUAAAUGCAGGGAUCCGAGCAAGUUAGUGUGCCCUAGAAUACAUGAACAUGGCAAUGAAAUAAAGAAUCUCAGGUUUGUAGCAACUUAGGUUUAGACAAGAAAUAUUAAUUCACACCAAAAAUUUCGAAUGUCAUUAAUUAAGUCAUACGUUCUGAACUUUUUUCAGUUUGUAAGAUUUUCUGUUUAUCAUCUAGGUAUGGAAAAUCAAAAUUGGUUCAUGGAUGGCUAAUUGUUGAUUGCGAGACAUUUAGAAUUGCGACAGAAGAACAAGAAACCAUGUUAGAAGAAGAAACUGAUUCGGAUGAUGAGAUAGAAAAUGGAGAAAAUUCUGGUAAUACUGUCGAUAUAUCGGGAACAUCGAAAGAGAAAACGGUAAAGUGGGUACAACGCGAGAUAAAAGAUUGUCAAAAAGAGCUUUCUGAACUCUCCACAUGCAUGCUGGAAGAACUGAAAAAUUGCGAAGAUCAGUGCCUCCCAAAGCUAAUGUAUCUUCUUUAUCGGUGUCUUGAUUUUGGUAACCAUUUUAACGCAUUGUGUGGUAGAAGAAAAGGAUCCGAAAUCCCAGUGAAUAAAGCCUCUUUCUGCGCUCUUGGACGCGAAGAUUUUCACAGGUGUGUUGGUUAUGUGGCAAGGCUUCCUCACAUCAUUGCGAUAAAGGAAAGCCAAGAUCUUGAGAUUGACCCGGAAUUUUCAGAAAUAAUUUAUUGGAGAAUGAAGAAAGUAAUACUGAAUACCAUUUGGGGAGAGCUUUUUCCUUCACUUUUUGUUACGUUCUUUGGAAAGAUCAAUUCAGGAAGUGAGAAGCUCGAGACCAUCAGCAUAAAUUACAACGUAACAGUAAUCAGUUUUCAGAAAUUGUUGGAAAAGUUCGAUUUGCUUGACAAGUACGAGGUAGAGCUUAGCGAUGGAUCAUGCCUAGACGUUGUGUUCCAGGAAGACAAGUUUAUUGAAGCUCUUUAUACAAAUGCUGAACUUUAUGCGCAAGUGGGGAAGGAAUUCUGCACGAUUUUUGAUAUUCUCUACGCAAAAACUGGGACGGAAUCUGUUGUUGAGUCAUUUUACCGAGUAGUUGAAUCACAGGAGCAAGAUGGCGGACAAAAGACUGAAACGCUUGCCGGGCGAGCUAAAGUUGAUUGGUGCUUUCGAUCUGUCUUACACUGUGAUAGUGUGCUUGACGAGAUGGCCGAUCUGUAUAUACAGGGAGAUACAAAACAAAAAUUGAAGCGCCACAAUGUUCCAGUGUAUCGAGAUGCGAGGUCUGUUCGCCUUCAAAAUGGUUACUCAAAAGUGUUGAACAGAAUUGCCUCGUCUCCAAACCCAUUUCCAUUUUUGUCGUAG